AUGGCGCCUCACGCCCGAGCCUUGUUUGCCUCAGGAAUCGGAUCGGCCCUCGCCGGCUCGGCAUACGCCCUUCACGCUCAUGGGACUUGGAGCCCUGCACAUUUUGGGGACCCAGGCCGAACUACAGACAUGUGUCGGGAUCCAAGCCUGUUUCAAUCCCACAUAUUGCUUGGAUCCACCGAGGGGAUCUAUUGCACAUACGAGAAAGUGUCGCCUGACCCAAACCCGUCUGACCCGGUUGAGCAGUUACAAGCCAGCAAGAAAACUCAAGGAGUGAAAUUCUCAACACCUACUAGUACUAAUGAAGUAUGCAUGCCCAUCGAGUGA